GCCAGGGGAGAGGCCCAUCGGGGUCGAAGGAUAACAAGAAACGUGCCCGUCCGCUUCUCCUCAGUCCCGUGCACGUUCUCAGCUGCCCAGGAUGCAGCGAAAGCGCCACGGGAAGCGCUCGCCCGCGCAGGGCCUGCAAAAGAGAGAAAGGUCUUCCCGUCAUUCCCUGCGCGAAAGCGAAGGCUCUAAGGACACGCGUCGUCAGUCGAUCGCGUCCACUUUUUCCUCCCAGGACACCGUAGGUCGCGGUUGCCAUGGGGACCUAAAGUCGGCUCCCAUGCCUUGGCCGCCGGCUACCCUGUCUCGGGUGUUUGCUGAACUGGCGCCGCUAAAUGAGAGGGGCCGGGAUGGCUUCUCGGGCGCCGCGGGAGAGUCGCUGCCGAACCUCAGCAACCACUUGCCUCUGUGCACGUCCUCGGCACCGGCAACGCCCCAGAAUCCCACCCGCGAGGUGCACGUAAGCGGCUCGGCGGAGAUGUCGUGCGGCCCCGACCGGGCCCUGGUCACGAUGAAAGUGAGCAGCACCAAGAACUCGGCGGCCGAGGCCAAGAACAGCGUGGGCCGCCGCCUGGACUACAUCACGCAGAAUCUGCAAAAGCCCGACGUCCAGGCAGAAAAUAUAACUGUGACAAAGGAUUUUAGUAGAAUAGAAAAUGCUUAUCACAUGGAAGCAGAGGUCUGCAUUACAUUUACCGAAUUUGGAAAAAUGCAGGAUGUUUGUAACCUUCUUGUUGAAAAAUUAGAUAAUUCUGUUAUCAUCAGUCCUCCUCAAUUUUACCAUACAUCAGGAGCUAUUGAGAAUCUUAGACGUCAAGUGUGUCUCUGUGCUGUUGGGAACGCUUGGCGAAAAGCUCAAGAAGUAUGUCAGCUUGUUGGCCAAUCACUUGGAAAACCUUUACUAAUCAAAGAAGAGGAAACGAAAGAAUGGGAAGGUCAAAUAGACAAUCAGCAGUUAUCUGACCUAGCUGGUUCACUAAGUAUACAACAGAAAAUCCAAACUGCAACUAUAUUUGCUUCUUCCAGGGUAUUUUUAAACUUUGAGGUUAAGAAAAAGGAAAAGAAAAAAAAAUGAUUUAAAAUUCUUUAUAACCAAGCGUUUUUUGUUUUUGUAUCUUUAUAUCUAAUUGCCCAAAACUAUGAUGAAAUUUGUAUAAUUUUUACAGUUUCUAAUACUAAGAUUAAUAUUUAUAUAGAAUGCCAAAUUUUAUGUCAGUUAAAAAAAAGGACCCCCACCAUAUACUUAAACUCUGUCUUAAUCAUUUUCAGUUUUUGCUUUCAAUUCCCAUUUUCCCUACAUUCUUCUUGCAUUGUAAUAUGUCAUUCUUUUUAUAUUUUUCUAUUUUUGUGAUCAUGAAAACAGAAUUUGGGGUUAGAGUACUUGCAUUAUUAGGUAAAUUUUUUCUAACUGAAUUUUUUAAAAAAGGAAUGCUAGGCAAUACAUUGAUUUUCAUGGAUACAUGUCUGUAAAGUGCUUUCUAUCCAUUUUUAUUGUUUAGAUUGUUUUGGGUUUUUUUAGUUUUACACCAUGUUCAGUGGAUGCAUUAAACAUUAAUGCAGUAUUAU